CUAUGGACCACCUUGGAUCAGGUCCAACCAAUAAUAUCUCAUCGGUCCAGAAAAAAAAGAAAAAAAAAGCGUUCCCUUUCGCCUUGCCCUCUCCUCGACUUUCUUUUUCUUCUGGUAGAAUCUCGACUUUCUUUUGGCACUGGCCUUUCCCUAGCGGAUUGGGGAUUUAGAAAGGAGAGAGAGGAGCACUUCUUCUAAAAUUCCUCCUCCUCCUCCUCCAUUACUCGAUCGUUGGCGAUUGUUUCUCUUUCUUCUCCUCGGAAUCGAAUCCAUGGCGAGGAAGCGGAAAUCGGACGCGACGCGCCUUGACGAGGUGGAUCGGACGCUCUAUUCCACCUUCUGCAGCGCGGCCAACUCGUUCUCUCAGCUUUACACCCAGGCCAUGAACCAGCAGAAGCUCUCCUUCCAGGCCGGCGAGCGCCAUGCCCUGGAGAAGGUUUACCAGUGGAUCUUGAGACAACAUGAGGAAGGGUCAAGGGUGAAUGUAGAUGAUAUACUUACCUAUAUCCAGAAUGAGUUGGAUUAUGGAGGAGAGGAUGCAAUAGUGUCUCCAAGAUUGCAGUUCCAACACCAACAUCCACAUCUCCAAUCUACAUUGCAUUUUACAAACUUGAGUGUCCAACAGCCGUCUGGGUUUUUUGGGCAGGCUCCAGUUGGACUUGCUUCCCGGCCUAGUCACUCUGAUCAGGCGAAAAAUUCAGUCUUCUCGAAUGCUCUUUCCAGCCCUUUUCGCAGGGGUCAGCCCUAUCAUCUGGCUCAGGGAAGUGAUUAUCAUGCAACUAGUUAUCUGCCCACUGGAACUGGAGCUAGGAACCAUGAAGUGAACUCUCUCAGUCAAAACCAGGGGCCUCAUUGUCCCAGCUCAAUUGACUCAUUGAUGGAUAUGCAUUCUGAUAGUCCUGCUCAUGCAUCUUUCUGAUGACUGGUUGUUACCAGGGCUGCGCCAUUCAACAUUGCAUUGUUGUAUCUAGUUCAAUAGCCUCGUUCCGCCUUGUUCUCUAAGCUGCAAGAACUUUAGUCAUAUGCUGAUCCCAAGGAUAUUACUCUUUGGUCCUUUUUUAUGUUGUACUGCUUAGGUUUCAUAUUUUCAUGUCUUUUUAUCCUGAACUUGUAGUCAAUAUAGUUGUCUGUGCACAUCUUAUGGAACUCUCUUAAUUAUUUUUACAUAAACAAAGUAUAUGUUGGAAUCCUCUUAUACAUC